GGUUGGCAGGAUAACUCCGGCCCGGGGAGCCCUUUGUCCCUCAGAGUGGCAGCGCCGUGUGGGGAGAGGGAGGAGCGGGGAAGUGCGCGUAGGAAUCGGCCUGAGCAGCGGGGCUGCAAGUGCCCGGGUGGGCGAGGAAGGCGAAAGGCAGGAGCGAAGCAGCACCGCCGCCGCCCCGAAGGACUUACUGGAGGGACACUUACGCGGAUUCCCCUGAGGGCAGCCGGAGGAGCCGAGAAGCAAGGCAGAGGGCGCAGGGCGAGGAGGAGGAUUGAAGGCUGCCUCUCCCGUUCCCCCCGUUGGAUUGGUUUCUUUGCAGGGAUCUGCAGCUGCAAUAUGACUCUGGAAGAGCUCGCUGGGGAGCACCAGACUUUCGGAAGGUACGCGAUGGCAGCAGCUGCAGCUCGGCUUUGCGAUGCGUGGCGGCGGGCGGUGUGGAGGUUGGAGGGACAGGAGUUUGCCUGCUGCAGACUUCGCUGAGCUCUCCGGAUCGAGGCAGCACAGGGUCGCCCAGCUCGCCGCCGCGACCGCCAGUCGCCUCACAGCUGGGACCGGUGGCGGGGAGGGAGAAAAAAAUGCUCUGGUGCAAAAAAAUAAAAUUGCCUGGAGGGGAUCUGCGGAAGAAAGUAGAUCCGCGCGUAAGGAAGAAAACCGGCAGUCGAUUGCAGAGUGUGCGUGUGUCAGAGAGAGAGAGAGAGAGAGAGAGAGAGAGAGGCGUGGCGGGUUGUAGCUUUUUCCCUUCUUUUCUUUUUCCUGACAGGAUAAGCAAGCGCACCUUUAACUCUAAAUAACCUGCGCUUGGAAGCGAUUUUCCUGUGGGAGCACUUGGCUCCCGCUUAUUUCUGAACAGAUCCCAUUCAGGGGAGUUUCCAGCUCAGCUUCCCCUCAGUUUUGCAGGGCAUGAGGGCGCCAGGAGGGAAUGUGGGCCGGGGGGGGCGCUACUUAAGGCAAGGUGAUCUAUUCUUUCCCCCCCCCCCCUUUGGAUUUGUUUGGUGUGUUUUAUUUAAAUAAAAACGCUAAUUAGAGCCUCUCGCUGCUUCCCCACCCCCCUUUUUAUUUUUUCUUCGGAUGCCAUCAGCAUGGAGAAGGUAGGGGAUGCCCUGGAGGAAGUCCUGAGCAAAGCCCUGACUCAGAGAAGCAUCACCAUCGGAGUGUAUGAGGCUGCCAAGCUGCUCAACGUGUAAGUGAGAAACUGGCUUGCUGGUGCCCUUUUGUAUUGAUGAGUAACAAGAAACAGGUCCUCCCACCUCUCUUAGGGCAGCUGUGCCUGAGGACUUUUCUGAGGAAACACUAGAUCAGUUAAGAGGCAAACUUGCACUGUGCAGAUAGGAAAACUUCCGGGCAGCUGUGUGGACAUUGAAUACUUGAUCAUGCAUAACUGCCCCUACUUAGGCACAGAGUUUCGUCUGUGGGACAGAUUUCAGAAAAAAACCUCUCCCCCUUUUACCCACAAUGCCAGAGUUCCAAGCACCCAGUUGACAGUUGACACAAUGGGAACUGCUGAACAGCGGUUUUGAAAAUGUGCCCGUCCCCUUUAGUUUGGUGCUGAAAUGUAAUCGGGUUCCCCUCCCCCUUUGUGUGUGUGUGGGGGGGGGGAGAAAGUGCAACAAAAACCCUCCCCCUUGCUCCACAGACCUUAGUUGUAGAUACAUAGCCCUUGAAAAUUCAGCGCUUAAAAUCCAGGGUGUGAAAGGUCAACCACAUUGGGUGAUAGCCAAUGAAUUUUGACUUGAAAUAGAUAUAAUAAUCAUGUUCAUUGAUUUCAGUGGUGAGUGAAAUUUAGCUGAGUACAGUUCAUAGAAAAUAACAUAAUAGGACCCCCCCCCCCGUGUAUAGUAUAUAGACAGUCGCAUUACCAUGUGUUCAUAUGCCCUGUGACUUUGGUUCCUGUUUUGUCUCCCUUAUGUCGUUGAAAAAUGCAUCAUUGUUUGUUGGGGCUGUGACUAACUUAGCUGGCAUUGUUUUAUCCCUCCAGGGAUCCAGAUAAUGUGGUGCUUUGUCUGCUGGCAGCCGAUGAGGAAGACAACCAGGAUGUUGCGCUACAAAUUCACUUCACCCUGAUCCAAGCUUUCUGUUGUGAGAAUGACAUUAACAUACUCCGAGUGAGCAACCCAAGCCGGCUAGCGGAGCUGCUGCUCUUGGGGGCGAGUGGAGGGGGCGAGCAGCCUGCAGACCUGCACUGUGUGCUUGUGACAGUAAGUCCUGUGUUUCAUUAACAUGUUGGGCAUAGAGGGCAGCCAGCAUGACCUCACUGUUGCUUCAGAGUCUCCUUCUGGACUGUACAGCAUUUCUUUGAAAGAAGCUGAAUUGCAAAUUGUAAAAAUCUGUCUAAAUACUCUAAUCUCACUCUGGCUUAAAACAAAAACUGUAGUGGUUUCUUCAGUGUCCUUGCACUGGUGCAUCUCUGCCUCUGUGGUUUGAAGGAAAGAUCAGCAUGACCUCUGUCACUAACCUUUCCCCCUGCACAAAUCAUACCACGCUUCCUACUUUGCUCAUAGGGAUUUUCGAGGCAAAGACAUGUUCAAGCAUGUUUCAUCCUGCUGUCAGCAGGAGAAAACAACCCCAUGAGUCACUAUCUACAGUAACUCCCUGUCUAUAUUUGUCUUUCCUUAUUACUAAUUGGCUCAGAGGUCAUUAUUAGAUAACUCAGUUGAACUGUGAUGAAAAUACUCCGUCACUGUUACUCAAUUCACCCAAUUGAAUGGGAAUUGUGGACUUGUUAACCAUAGCACAUGAACAUUGGUUUGUUUUUGAAAAAUGAUGUUUCUUUUACUGGUUUUAAAGAAAAUAAUUAAUUCCAAAAUACCCUGUUGAAUGUGCUACAAACUCAAAAUUUACGCAGAUCAUUUAUAUUCAGUCUCUUUUACUGUUAGCAGUAUCAUUUAAUUUUAUUUCAUGCUGACAAUGAUCCUUUUCCCUUUUCUCCCCCUUUCAGAAUCCACAUGCCUCUCAAUGGAAGGAUCCAGCCUUAAGUCAGCUGAUUUGCUUUUGCCGGGAAAGCCGCUACAUGGACCAGUGGGUUCCAGUGAUUAACCUUCCCGAACGAUGACAGCAUAUGGAUGAAGCUGAAUUGAACAGAAAAAUUGCACUGAAGUUUCAAAAUACUUUAGUAGCUUGCUCAGGAAGCAAUUUCCCAGCCUGACACAAGGAUUACAGUAACUGGUGUCAAGUUGAGGUUGAACUACAUGUUGUGAGAAACGGAGAGACAUUUGACUUUGCUGUUGGAAGAUGAUGGACCCGAAGCAGAGCUAUGUUGGGGGAGCAAUAGGAAGUCCUUGUGGAGGAAGUCUGAGUUCUGCAAGAAGGUUGCAAAAACAGUGUGCCGAUUUCCUUUCAGAACACACCAAAUGUGCUUUGUUGGAGUUGUAGAAGAGCAACUUUUAGUUUCCGUUUUUAAAUACCUUUCACUUGUAAGAGCUAAAAGGGUUAAUUAUUCUUAAAUCUUUUGUUCCAACAUGCUUGAUUUCUUAAGUUUUUAUUCUAAGAAAUAUUAACUUAUUUUAUGAUACCGAUGAAAGAUUUAUUUAUGCUUGGGAUUUUCAAGAGCAAUCCUGCUUGCACCCCUUGUAUUAAAAAUGUUUGAACUGCUAUAUUUUAAUAAAUUGUUUGAAACUGGACUGUGUUCGCUGAAAUAAAAUUUUCAAAGCUAUGGCAAAUCAGUGUUUUUGCUUUUGUAAGUGAGCAGAAGGAGUUGGUUUUGGCAAAGCAGUUCUUGGAAAGCUGAUAACUGCAAAUACCUGGAUCAUGCUGGUCUAGGACCAUGCCUCUAGGACACUGCACACAGAGCGCAGGGUGUACAAAACUUGGCUGGAAAGGUCCUAGAUGUUCAUUAUCAUGAACUGGAUGUCCACUCCUGCACAAAAGAUGAACAAUUCACAAGCAAAAUGAAAGAAUUUGUGUGGACAUUGGGGGAAGACGUUGUCGCUACCUGCCUCCCAGGAAGUAGCUAAAUGGUCCCUCUUGACACUCUUCAACUGUAUACAGUCAGAGCAAAUGGAUUAUUUUAAGGAAAUGUAUUUUCCCAGAUAACAAAUCUUUACACAGCGUAUCUG